AUGGUUGGUAAAAAACGCCAAGAUUCACCUUCCAAAUCGGAAGCUUUGACAAAAGCAUUAGAAAAGAAAGCAAAGGUUGUACAAAAUAUAGAGAGAAUCCGUCAAUCUAUUAGGGAAAAGACUAUUUCUUUUAAUCCUAUUGAGCUAGAAUGUAGAUUGGACAUAUUGACAAGUUAUAUAGACCAAGCAAUGAAGCUUCAGUCUGAGGUUGAUAAUUUAGAUCCCAAUAAUGAUGACAGAGCUGAGCUUGAGAAUAUUUGUGUGAUAACAAAAUCAUUGUUUUUAAGUAUCUUGGCUAAAACUAGAAAAUCGAGUGUGCCUGAAACAUCGUUUAGUGUACAGUCACACCAGUCGAGAUUACCAAAUAUGAAGCUCCCUAAAUUCAGCGGAAAAUAUUCCGAUUAUAGAAACUUUAUGAGCCUAUUUGAGAACUUGGUCCACAAUGAUCCGAUGUUGACAGACAUAGAAAAAUUUAACCAUUUAAUAUCAUGCUUGUCCGAAGAAGCUUUAGGAACAGUAAAAGCUUUUCAGAUUUCUGAAGAAAAUUAUCCCAAAGCUUUAGCUAGUUUAAAGAAGGUUUACGACAAUGAAUGUUUGAUAUUUUUCGAUAAUAUCUCUAAACUUUUUGAUCUUUCAGAGAUCACAAAACCUUCGGCAUCUGCUUUGCGAAGCAUGAUUGAUACUGUUUCUGCAAUUUAUGAUUCUCUUUUAUCUAUAGGAGAUGAUAAAAAGAUUACAAAUGCUAUUUUAAUCCAUUUAGUGAUGUCAAAAGUAGAUCCAGUGACCAAAUCUAAGUGGGAAGAACAGCUAGAUUUCGAAAAGCUGCCACUAUGGCCAGACUGUGAAGCCGCCUUGAACAAACGGUAUCAGCAUAUUGCUGCUGAUGAAUCUUCAAGUUCAAGGCCGAGGUUUAAUAAGAACAAAACUGACAAUUCUACAAACAAAAAUAAUAAAACAUCACUAAAUUGUACGAAAUCAAGACAAUCUACUGACAAAUUCUUAUUUUGCAAAUCAAAUCAGCAUAUAGUUGUUAAUUGCCCUUCAUUUGCAGCUGAGCCUGUACUUCAAAGAUUUGAUUUUAUAAAAUCUGUGCCAGCUUGCAUCAAUUGUUUGAAAAAAGGACAUACAGUAGCUAGAUGUUCAGCACCUAAGUGUAGAAUUUGCUGUGGUUCACACAAUGCACUGCUACACAGAUACACAACAUCUGAUAAUAGCAAUGCGUCUAAUAGCAACUUUGAACAGCAGUCAACUUCUAACGCUUCAGUAAAUUACUCAUCUUCUGAUGAUAGAAUUAUUCUAGCGACAGCUGUGGUAAAAGUUAGAAAUAGUUCUGGCAAUUUUAUAUUAGCCAGAGCUCUUUUAGAUUCCGGUUCUCAACCAAACUUGAUAACUGAGGAACUUGCACAGCUACUACGAUUAAAAAGAGAAGGAGGUAGAUUGAAUUUGAAUGGCAUUUGCGAAACAAAUUCAUAUUCAAAAUCUUGUGUUAAUUUACCUGUCACGUCGAGGGUUAACUCUACUCAAUUUACUUCAAAGUUUUGGGUUUUGAGUUCUAUAACUAAUUUACAGCCUGAUCAUUCAAUUAGUACAACUAGCUUAGAAAUUCCUAAAAAUAUAGAAUUAGCUGAUCCUUGCUUUCACAAACCCCAAAAGAUUGACUUAUUAAUUGGCGCAGAGAUAUUCUUUGACUUAAUUUCUGUCGGACAAAUUAAAUCUGGUCCUAGUCUUCCAAUUUUACAGAAGACUUCUCUUGGUUGGAUUGUUACUGGAAAGUAUAAUCAAUCAAAGGGAUCUAACGCCAAUAAUAAAGUUUUUCAUAUAAAUUCUUCUAUUGAAAACGAGAGCAAUAUAGAUUCUAUUGUUAAAAAAUUCUGGGAAUUAGAAGAAAUUCCGAAAGAAUCGACAAAAAUAUAUUCUGAAGAGCAGCAGGAAUGCGAGGAAAUCUUUAGAAAUUCAGUACGACGUUUAUCGUCAGGACGAUUUGAAGUCUCAUUGCCUUUCAAAUCUGAUACAAAAUUGCUAGGUUCAUCUUUCGAAACCGCUAAAAGAAGAUUUCUUUCAUUAGAACGAAAACUUUCUUAA